AUGAGUCUCAAGGUCGAUCCCGAAAAUAGUGUACGACAAGAAUACAAUUCAGAAGAGUCGGUUGGAGUGCAAAAAGGCGAAGGAGAAACAUUCAAUGACGCUGCCAAAGUGGAAGAUGCUGGACCACCCGACGGUGGUACCGUUGCAUGGUUAGUUGUCCUGGGAGCAUGGUGCUGCUCUUUCAGUAGCCCGGGCUGGAUCAACAGUGCGUACUAUGACAUUCACACGCCUGCCUCGAUACGAUUGAUUAACCUUAGCUCUCUUUCAAUAGGCGUGGGAAGUUUUCAGGCAUAUUAUGAGGCUGGGCCUCUGCAAGACUAUUCAAGCAGUACCAUUGCAUGGAUUCCGUCCCUCCAAAUCUUCUUCGUUUUUGCCCUAGGUCCAGUACUUGGCAUAUUAUUCGAUAACUAUGGUCCAAGACCCCUCAUAAUUGUUGGAACUGCUUUUCACGUUUUUGGUUUGAUGAUGGCAUCGUUGGCGAAGACGUACUAUCAAUUCAUCUUGUCUCAGGGUGUUUGCAGUGCCGUUGGCGUUGCCUGUCUAUAUUCACCGGCACUUGCCUGCGUUGCAACAUGGUUCUCUAAAAGGCGCGGGGUGGCUAUGGGUAUCAUGGCUACAGGCGGAUCACUCGGCGGCGUCAUAUUCCCAAUUAUGAUCAGCCGCAUGAUUCAAAGCACCGGAUACCCCUGGGCAAUGAGAGCUGCAGCUUUUCUCAUCCUCGGCCUGCAGCUCAUCGCUAUUCUCACAAUCCGACCCAGAACGAAACCUGUCCCUAAAAAAUUGCCUGUGGGACGUUUCACUGCUCCUUUCAAGGAGCUCCCAUUCGUCAUGUUGCUGUUGGGCGCUUUCAUCUUGACCUAUGGUAUCCUUAUUCCAAUCGACUAUAUGGCCGUACAGGCUUCCCAAGAGGCGCAUAUGUCUGAGCAGAUGUCUCAAUACUUGGUGUCUAUCUUCAACGCGGCAAGUCUCUUUGGCCGCCUGGCAUCCGGAUACGGCGCCGAUAUAAUCGGAAGAUGGAACAUUUUCAUCCUGGCCUGCAGUAUUUCCGGAAUCGCCGAGCUAGCACUUUGGAUCCCGGCCACGCACUCUUCUAUCGCAAUCGGCUUCGCCAUCAUGUUCGGGUUCUUUUCGGGGGCCUUUAUAGGUCUUUCUGGCGCCCUCCCAGCCUCUGUGUCACCGCUGCCCGAGAUCGGCUACCGGAUAGGCAUCAUGUUCCUCGCCAUCUCGAUUCCUGCUCUCACCAUGGCACCCGUCGGUGGAGCUAUCUUGCAAAAUGCGGUCGGUGGUUGGUUGGAUGUGAAGAUCUUUGGCGGUGUUAUGUCCCUAGCGGGGUCAGCGAUUAUCCUGUUUUCAAGGAUGAUUUAUACUGAGAAGAGAAUCCUCACUGUGUUCUGA